AUGGCAGACAACGAAGUACCGCCGCGACCCGAGGAGGAGCAACCCGUCAACGACGACGAGACCAACGAUGAAGAGGAGAUCGCAGCAAUGAAGAAGCGCGUGCAAGAGAUGGAAGCAGAGGCGCAGAAACUGCGCGAGAUGCAGGCCAGCUUGGAUCAGCAGCAGGACGGUCUGCGCGAAAGCAAAGAAGACAUUGACUCGCGCUCCGUCUUUGUCGGCAAUGUCGACUACGGCGCAUCGCCCGAGGAGAUCCAGGCCCACUUUGGCAGCUGUGGUCCCAUCAACCGUGUCACUAUUCUGCUUGACAAGUUCACUGGCCACCCCAAGGGCUACGCCUACGUCGAGUUCCAGGAGCCUAGCCUUGUCGCCAACGCUAUUGUGCUCAAUGAGAGUGUCUUCAGAGGCCGCAACCUCAAGGUUGUACCUAAGCGCACUAACCUCCCCGGUCUCGCCAGAGGUGCUGCUGCCGCUGCUGGAGGCCGUGGCCGUGGACGCGGUCGCGGCGGUCCUGGCUUCGGCGGUCCUCCUCGCGGUGGCUUUGGCGGUGCACCUCCGUUCGCCCCUCGCGGUGGCGGGUAA